UGUUGUUUUACACUGAGCUCAGUGAGGAGAACAUGCAGACUGACUCUCACUGAGACCUGAACCAGGACCUGAACCAGGACCUGAACCAGGACCAGGACCAGGACCAGGACCAGGACCAGGACCAGGACCUGAACCAGGACCAGGACCUGAACCAGGACCAGGACAUGGAUCAGAGGAGCAGCAUGGUGAAGUCUGCUUCAGCACAUGCAGGCCUGCAGGAGCAUCAGUCUGACGGUGUCCACAGGAAGUCGUCUCCGGUGUCCAGCUUCGUCCCUCAGCCCGACUACGAGGACGGAGACGAGGACAACGACCUCAUCAAACCCAAAAAACUGAUCAACCCUGUCGUCUCCUCGAAGAGUCACCAGGAGCUUCACAGAGAGCUUCUGAGCAGCUGCAGACGAUCUGGCGUCACCGUGGAAACGAAGCCAGAGCUGCAGAGGGUCCUGGAGUCCAGGAAGAGAGAUCAGCUGAUCAAACAGAGGAAGCAGGAAGAGGAAGCUCGCAGGAAGAUUUCUCCUUUAGAGGCCGAACUGAGGAAGAGGCACCAGAAACUAGACGAGUUGGAGAAACAACAGGAGCUGCAGCAUGAAGAAUACCUGAAAGCUCCGGAGUUCAUUAAAGUGAAAGACAACCUGAGACGGACGUCUGUCCAAAGCAGAGACGAGAACGAAGUGUAAAGACACGCUGAGGACACGCUGAGGACAUGAUGAGGACACGAUGAGGACAUGAUGAAGACACGCUGAGGACAUGAUGAGGACAUGUGAGGACACAUCAGCUGACCUGUCCCAGCUGGUGGACAUCAGUUGCCGUGGAAACACAGCAAUCAUUCACACAGAUGUUAUUAAAGAGUUAUAAUUAUUAUAAUUAUAAUAAAAGUUAUAAUUUAAUAAGUUACACAAAGCUGAGUCAUAAUAAUAUUAAUAUAAAGAUUCAUCCUCAGAGUUAUGAGUCCGGAUCUCAACAGAUUAAAUAACACUUUAAUUUAAUCAGAUUUUAACAGAUCGAAGUCACGACGAUUAUAAAUGAUGUCAUAAUUAUAAAUGAUGUCAUAAUUAUAAAUGAUGUCAUAAUUAUAAAUGAUGUCAUAAUGAUGAGCAACAGAUGCUAACGACUCAUAACUGUGAUGAAGAAUGAUGUCAUCAUUAUGAGCGGUUAUAUAUUUGUCCUUUAAUAAAAUGUUGAGUCCUCGAACGUUUUAUUAAACUCUCGAUUCCUGAAAAGUUUUUGUCAGAUUUGUUUUUAAUGUUUUAUGUUUUAAUGUUUUAUGUUUUAAUGAUAAAUAAAUGAGCUGACUCUGCUAUAAAUAAACAUUAAAGGUUAAUUCAGAAGUUUCUUUUAUAAUUAUGUAAAAACACAUUUUUAUGGUGUUUAUGUGAAGUUUAUUUUUUUAUGGUAAUUAAUAAUUAACAGCUUUUCAUGUUUUACAGCAGGAAGUAUAUUUUUAUAUUUUUGAUGUAAAAGGAAAGUUUAUUAUAAUUACAACAAACUUAUCUGAUUAUUAAUGACUUUUAAUUUAGAAACUGUUUUAAUGUUGAGGAUUCAGAGCUGAAGGUUAGCUUCAUCUCAUCUUUAACAUCAGUGUUAAGUUUUAAUCACAUUCAGACUCUGAUGAAUGUGAAUCCUGUAAAUAUGAGAUUAAAAGAUAAUAAUGAACAAAUUACCAAAUCUAUAUUUUGAGAUAAUUUGUUUUAAUGUGUAAAUCUUACUUAUUAUAUAUGGAAUAGUAAUUAUGUGAAAAAUGAAUAUCAUUAUUAUAAACACUGGAUUUAAAAUAAAAAUAACUGUAAAUGAAAUUAUGAUCGAGUCAGUUUUUAUUUUUAAUAUAAUCUUAUUGUGAUUAUGGCAGAAGUCAUAAAACUUGCUGCUGUAAUGAGAGAAAAUAAAUAAACUUAUAUUUAAUAUAAUUUGUGUCUAAAACUGAAAAUGAAAAGACAAAAUCAGUUUAUUCAGAACAGAAUCAAAGUGUUUGAUGUUUUA